AUGGUGCCAAAGUUCUACCAGAAUGUCCUUGCCUUGGCAUUUGCCAUCUAUGAGAUCAAUGAGAAUCCCUACAUCUUGCCCAAUGUCACACUCGGGUUCCACAUCUAUGACAGUUACAAUGAUGCAAGGAUGACUUAUCGUACCACACUUGAUCUUCUAUUCAAAUUACAUCAUUUUCUUCCUCAUUAUAAAUGUGGCACCCAGACACGUCUGAUGGGUGUCAUUGGUGGACUUAAUGCUGAUACUUCCACACAGAUGGCAGAUGUCUUAGGUCUUUACAAGAUUCCACAGACGGUAAAGCCUACCCAGCCCAAAGGAGAUGGUUUUAUAAAAGAUUUCUGGGAGCAAGCAUUUGACUGCAUUGUUCCAAAUUCCAACGGACCCACAGAUAUUGAUGGAGCAUGUACCGAACAGGUGCCUCCAUUCUCCUUAUGCAAUGAGCAAUGCUACCCUGGCUCCAGCAGGAAAAAGAAGGAAGGGGAGAAAUUUUGUUGCUACGAUUGUUCUCCAUGUCCAGAAGACAUGAUCUCAGACCAGGAAGACUUGGAUUACUGUGUCCGAUGUCCAGAAGAUCACUUUCCAAAUGGUCAUAGAGAUCACUGCAUCCCCAAGGUUCAAAGUUUUCUAUCCUUUGAAGAUACUUUGGGGAUUACUUUAGCUUUUUUGUCUUUUCUCUUCUCUCUAAUCACAUGUCUGGUGCUUGGCAUCUUUAUUAAGCAAGGGGACACUCCCAUUGUCAAAGCCAACAACCGAAGCCUCACCUACCUUCUCCUCAUGUCUCUCCUUCUUUGCUUCCUCUGUCCUUUGCUAUUCAUUGGGCAGCCUGAUAAAGUCACCUGCCUCCUCAGGCAAACAACAUUUGGCAUUAUCUUCUCUGUUGCUGUUUCUUGUGUUUUGGCCAAGACUGUUACAGUGACUAUGGCUUUCAUGGCUUCCAAACCAGGAAACAUUUUCCGGAAAUGGGUGGGAAAAAAAUUGGCACAUUCUGUUGUCCUGUGCUGUUCCCUUCUCCAAGUAGGCAUUUGUGUCAGUUGGUUGGCUUCUUCUCCUCCAUUCCCAGAUUUGGACUUGCACUCAGUGCCUGGUGAAAUCAUAGUCAAAUGUAAUGAAGGGUCAGUGACCAUGUUUUUCUGUGUCUUGGGCUACAUGGGCUUCCUUGCCACUGUCAGCUUCACUGUUGCUUUCCUAGCAAGAAAGUUGCCUGACAGCUUUAAUGAAGCCAAGUUCAUCACCUUCAGUAUGUUGGUAUUUUGCAGUGUCUGGUUGUCCUUUGUUCCAACCUACCUCAGCACAAGAGGGAAAUAUAUGGUGGCAGUGGAGAUCUUCUCCAUCUUGGCCUCUGGUGCAGGGUUACUGGUUUGCAUAUUUUGCCCAAAAUGCUACAUUAUUGUGUUGAGGCCUGAUUUGAAUAAAAGGGAGCAGCUAAUAAGGAAGAAGCAAUAUCAUACUGAAUAA